UCCAUGCUUCUCACAUUGCACUAAUUCCCUUUUUAUAUCUAAUAUUAACAUCAGAAAACAAAACACUAGUUUUUCAGUAAUGGAUCAAAUCCCUCUUCUUAGUCCAUACAGAAUGGGAAAUUUUGAUGUUUCCCACAGGAUAGUUCUAGCUCCAUUAACAAGACAGAGAUCAUAUGGAAACAUUCCUCAGAAACAUGCAAUCUUAUACUACUCACAAAGAACAACAACUGGUGGUUUUCUAAUCUCUGAAGGCACUGCCAUUUCUCAGACUGGAAUUGGGUACAAAGACAUCCCUGGAAUCUGGAGCAAAAAACAAGUUGAAGCAUGGAAACCAAUUGUUAAUGCUGUUCAUGAGAAAGGUGGCAUCUUUUUCUGCCAACUUGGACAUAUGGGAAGAAUCUCAAACAAUGACUUCCAACCAAAUGGGAAAGCACCAAUCUCAAGCACUGAUAAGCCAAUCAAAGGUUUCUCACCUCCAAGGAAGUUAACAAUUGAUGAAAUCCCUCAACUAAUCACUGAUUACAGAGUUGCUGCAAGGAAUGCCAUCGAAGCUGGUUUUGAUGGAGUGGAGAUUCAUGCAGCAUUUGGGCACUUACUGGAGCAGUUCAUGAAGGACAACAUCAAUGACAGAGAAGAUGAGUAUGGAGGGAGCUUGGAGAAGAGAUGCAGGCUAACAUUGGAGGUAGUGGAAGCCAUUGUUGAUGAAAUUGGAGGUGAUAGAGUGGGGAUUAGACUGUCACCAUUUGAGGAUUUCAUGGAGAGUGGAGACUCAAAUCCUCAAGGACUUGGGCUCUACAUGGCUGCUACUUUGAACAAGUAUGGAAUUCUCUAUUGCCAUGUCAUAAAGACAAGAAGCAGUUCUUGUCUUCAUCUUCUACCAGCCAUGAGGGAAACUUUCAAGGGAACAUUCAUGGUGGCAGGGGGUUUUGAUAGAGAAGAAGGGAACAAGGUGGUGAAGGAGGGAGGUGCAGACAUAGUGGCAUUUGGAAAAUUGUUUUUGGCUAAUCCUGAUCUUCCAAAAAGAUUUGAACUUGAUGCUUGUCUUAACAAGUAUGAUAGAACUACUUUCUACUCCUCUGAUCCUGUUCUUGGAUACACUGAUUAUCCAUUUCUUGAAGAUGAUUCUUGUGAGAAAAAUCAAACCUUUAAUUGAUUUAUAAAUUUUAAUUCUAUGUGGUUGUAUGAAAACCACUAAUUUAAUAAUUUUCAAAUGAAUGAUGUGUAUUGAGACAAAAUGAGCCUUUUUUUCCGUCAUAGUAGAAGAUCGUAUAACAC